UGACAGUCUUCAAGUGAGAACAUUUCAACAGAUGUGAAGUUUGGGCGAACAUAACUAGCUGCUUCGUCGCUCACUUAUCAAUACAACUAUUGUAACACCGUUGUUGGCCCUUUUGGAUUUGUAGGCACACAGAUUGACUAUGGAGGUAGUCCGGGUAAUGUUGUGUGCCCUGUCGGUGUAUGUUGCUCUCGUCUCGGAGAAGUGUGUUGCUUCCUUCUCUCAGUCUAUGGACAGCGACUUCACGUUCACUCUACCCGCCGGUCGCAAGGAGUGUUUCUACCAAACUAUGAGGAAAGAUGCUUCACUGGAGAUUGAAUAUCAGGUAUUAGAUGGAGCAGGUCUCGAUGUAGAUUUCUUCAUCUCUUCUCCUUCUGGCCAAGUGCUGUUCAGUGACUACCACAAGUCUGACGGAGUACACACUGUUGAGACUGAAUAUGGAGACUACAUGUUCUGCUUUGACAACACGUUCAGUACCGUCUCUGAGAAGCUCAUCUUCUUUGAGUUGAUCCUGGACAACAUGGAAGUCGAAGAAGACCAAGACGAGUGGAAGGAGUACGUCCAUGGAACAGACAUGGUGGACAUGAAGAUGGAAGACAUUAUGGACACCAUCAACAACGUGAAGGCUCGGCUGGGCAAAAGUGUGCACAUCCAGACGGUGCUGCGGGCGUUCGAGGCUCGCGACAGAAACAUCCAGGAGAGUAACUUUGACAGGGUUAACUUUUGGUCGGUCACAAAUCUCAUUAUAAUGAUGAUGGUUUCAGCGGUUCAGGUCUACCUGGUCCGCUCGCUGUUUGAAAAUAAAAGGAACAUUCGUACAUAACACAACCCCAAACGGUAGGGACAGAGAGAAGCCCUCGGAUAUCUUUGGGAUUUUUUUUCAACAGAUAUCCUGGUUUGUGACUUUUAACACAAGAUGUCAAUUGUACACACACAUAUGCACGCACACACAGGUUCACAUAUUGACAUUCGUAAUAACAAGGAGUUGUUGCUCCUGUUCUCAGUCCACUGGAGUUUGAGGGAGAGCGAGAGUCCCUGGUUGCAACAGGAACUUAUAACUAUCAACUCCUCCUCUUUGCAAACUCCCCCAUGUUACAGAACAAAAGUCUCUUUAAAACUUGUAUAUUGUUUUAUAGUCUUCCCUAGCAGCUGUAAUUCUUCAGAGAACAGAACAGACGCAGCAUAACAAGCAUGUUUAUGAUAUGAAUAUUUUUCUAACGGAGCCUAAAGUUACCAGGCCAGUGGCCAAUUGCAAAAAGUGUCUUCUUUUCUUUGGACAUGUUUUUAUUUGAGAUAAACUAGAUGAAGAAAUGAUAUGGUGUCUGAAGAAUUUGAUUUAUAUAUCUGCCAAAUAAGAGUGGGAAGUGCAAUCAGUCAGCAAGUCUUCCCCAGACAGUAGUUACUCUUGAAAAUGUACCUGUUGUGUGUUACUAAUACACCUUAAUGGUUCGUAUUUAGCCUUUUGAAUAUUUCUCCCAUUGCCAUGGACAUUUGUGUUGUAUCUAGAAAUGUAGUCACACUUUCCAUUUCAUGCCGAUUCUGUAAAAUCAGGUGUUUAGGUGCCACUAAUUCUGCUCUUUAGCACUCCAAAUCUCUUAAUGACUACUGCCCUACUCGCCUCUGCCAUGACUUGUGGGCUUGUGGCCUAAAUGGCAGCCAGCUUCGCUGCCCUCCUCUGUGAAGCCUCACUGCUGCUGGUAGGUGUCUGCUUUCAGACACCUACUGUGUGAAGAUGUUGGGCCUGUCUCUCACUAAAGUCUAUUUCUAUCUUCCUGACACCUGGAAGGUUAUUAACACUACCUUAUGGGUGCACUGCUCAGUUUAAUAUGCACAAACCACUCACUGCCUUGGCUAUGUCAGCAUUCUUUUUAAAUUCUUGUAUUUUGUUUGAUAUUCAUAUUUAAAGGAGGCAUUACAAACUAUCGGAUCAUUGUCUCUGAUGCCACAGAACAACAUAUUUUGUUUGUCUUCAUAUCCUUUUAGAACAUAAAUUAACGUUCUGGUGUGUGAGUGAACGAGCAGCUCAAGAGAUUUUUAUGUCAUUGGUUGCAUACAGUAUUAAGACACUACCGUUGAUUGUGAUUAUGGUUGCGUAGGAUUUAUUUUACUGUUACUGAGCUCCACAGGCAAAACAGUUACUCACUACCCUGCUGGAAGCUUCAUAUUGCCAUCUUCUCAGUUUGCUCUGUGCUGUAAGAUAAAUAUCAAAUGGUGAGUUCAUGCCUUCAUAGUUUAGCGGCCUUGUGUUGGAAGUGCUGUAAAAUCAAGCUUUGAGCAAUCUAAUUGUUUUAAAAUGAUACAGUUUUGCCAAACCGUAUGUACAUAUUGUGGGUCCCUGCAAUAACAUAAGAUGGGUGUAAGAAAAUGGCCACUGCCUCAGUUGCAGUGCUUUCUACUAUGCUUCAUUCCUCUGCCCACAUGAUCUCACUGUGGUAUCCAGUGUUUAAUUUAAGUAUGUAUGUUGAGAUUCUAUCACUAAGUGAUGGAUUAGUAAUAUGAAGUUGCAGUUUCUGAUUUAUUUUUUAAAAAGUGCUUCAGAGUUUAAAAAAUAAAUAAAAGAAUACACAUAUGUUAAAAGGUAUUUCCGUGUUGUGGAGUUGGAGAUUGUCAAAGUUUCUGAGUCAACAGUCAAACUGAAAAGUAUUUUUUACUACCCUGAUGGAACAGUGGGGGGGAAGAGGGAAUGUGACGUUCUAAAGAUAAUUAUUCAACUAAUGUGCUGUUGUUGUAAAUGUGUAUAAAUUAAACAAUCAUACAUUUUUCUGA